GGACCGCAGUGCCAGCCGCAAGCCGAAGUCACAGCCAGUCGACAAGCAGGUGAAAAUGUACAUCUCCAGGAUCGUCCCGAUGACAAAGGCCGAGGCCGUAGACUUCGGCCAGCUCUACCACGAGCCGCCAGUGGAGCCCAUGGCGCAAAAGCAGUUUCAGGAUGCGACCCGCAACCGCAUGGUGGAGUAUGCGAAGAUGGCGAUGGCGGCGAGAAGGGCAGCGGACGAGGGAGAGGCGACCAAGCUCGACGAGAAGCUCAGCGUGCUCAAGUGCAUGAUGGGUUCGACCCAGCCAACAUGGCAGCAGAUCGAAGCCAUGCGUGCCAAGAAGAAGGCCACGAUCGACAAGUUAAGCAAUACCAGAGCCCGUAUCGCCACAUAUCAGACGCAGGAAGAGGAGCUAUGCGACGAAGUGAACAAGCUGGACGACUACCUGGCAGAGCUGGAGGUGCAGCGCCAAGAAGAGGAGAUGGAGAUGCAGGCAGCCGCAGCCGCCCAGCAUGGGCAAGGGCCGCAGCAGCCGCCUGGGCGUUUUGGUGUGCCAGCGGGUGCGGCACCAUGUCCAGCGCCGUCGCACGUCCCACCGCCACCGCCUCCAGGUUUCCAGCCGCAGCAGCAGGUGUCUCCGAUCGAAAUGAUGAUGCAGCAGAUGAUGAUGCGCAUGGAGCAGCAGGACAGGCAGAUGGGCAUGGUCAUGUCGGCGAUGGGGUUUACCGCGGCGGCGUCAGGCCGCGCCAGCGGCAGCGGCAGCAGUGCCGCAGAGGCCGCCGCCAGUGUUCCCACCGCAGCCGCCAGCGCAAGCCGCAGCUGCAGUGACGGAGCCCAUGGAUGUGGAAUCUACACCGCCGCCUGCGCAGAGAUCGCCAGCAACGCCAGUGGCAGCGGCACCGAGGACACCGAUUGGGGGGAUGCCUACGCCUGGACAGACGACGCCGCCGCCAGCGCAGCGGUCGCCGCCUACACCAGCAGGUGUGAAUGCCGCGCCAGGGACGCCCAUGGGCCAGCCCAAGCCGGCAAUGGCGUCACCGAAGUGGAGCCAGGCGACGCCGAGGGCAAGAGCAGCCAGCCGACACCAGUGAUACACAGACCGCAAUGCUCACAGCCGACGCAGCCGUGGGUUCCAAUGACCACGGCGUCUCAGCUCGACGAUCCCUACUUGCCAGCGCCGACGGAGAGUGUCACGCACGAGUACGAGUCGCCAGUCCAGGCGGAGGUGCGCAGGAUCGACGGGAUGGCGGACAAGACGAUGAUCGAG